AUGAUCACUCCCAGAAUCAGUCUUUCCUGUAUAGCCUUUGCAUGGCAGCCGUCACUGAAAAAUGUCACGCCGUCAGGCACAACGAGACUCUUUUCCGAAGUAUCUUCUGAUUCCGAUACCACCACAAACCUACCUCCACAAUUUCCGCGCUGGCUCCGAUUGGCUGCCAUUGCGCCAAUAUCUCAAAGGCACGACAUGACCACAAAGGUAGCAGAUUUGAUCAAUAACAAGAGUGGGGGAUUUGUGAGCAAUGCCAAUCUAUUGUCGGAUAUGGUGACAGCCAUUCUCAUUGAAGAUAUGGAACCCCAAAAGAUACCCAACUUUUGGCUCUCUCUCAAAGAAUUGGACUUGGAAUGGACGAAUGCCUCCAAGGACCAACUGGAACUCUGUGAACAGCUUUUGGCGUCUGCGUCUGAUGGUGUGCCACCACAGAUACAUGGAGUCUUACAAUUGACAUGGCGAGGUGCACACGGCAAACUGAGGCAUGAAAUUCCAGCAGAUGGGUAG